AUGAUCAAGGCCGCCCACCAGGCGGGAGGGGUCGGGUUUUUGGGCCGGCACGCCUUGGGCUUCCCGCACUGCGCCGGUUUGGCUUUGGGGUUGCCGGGUUUGGCGGGGGGCCGCCCGCCUUGCCAAACCCUCGCACCUGUCCGCCUCCUCUAUCAAGGUCUGGCUAAACUCCUCGUCGGAGCUGGAAAUGUACAAAUGCAAGGGCUUGUGCCGCACGUACUGGUGGAUCGUGACGCGCAGGCCUUCGAUGGGCUCCUGGCGGCCUGUCACCUCGGGCCCUGA